CCCAUUACUUCCUCCCGGUAUCACCAUUCCUCCUUUGCCAGUAACUACCUUGGUACCCACUGGAACCGAAGUCCAGUCGAGUGCGUCGGAUCUAUCCAUAGCCAUCUUGGGCGUUUUUCCUAUUCUCCAAAACUGGAUAGAAGAUCCUGUCGCUCAUGUCACCGAGGUGACAGACGAGCUAGACAAUAUCAUACCCGACGCAGUUGGCUUCCUGGCCAAGCUACCAAAGCCAACAGACGGAGUUGAGCCAUGUGGGUCUGGAAAACGCCGAAGAAGCGAACGAGAUCACGAAUUGCACGAUGUUCUCAGUGAACGCGAUUUACUCGGCGGGUUGUUCAAGACAGCAUUCUCGCUCGUCAACUGUGUCAUCAACACUACCAACAAGGUGAAGGAUGCAGUUAUCGGCGGAACGACAGCCGCAGUGGAUACUGUCAAGGGCUUACAAGAUGACCUCAAGCCGUUGCUCGAUGCUCUCAACGAAGUGGUUCCAGACGAAGCCUCCGAGCCAUCUGACUCGGUAUCUGUGACUGAAGAACCUACGCAGACUUCCUCCUCUACAUGCACUCUAACGACCUUGAGCGCGGAAGGGCUUGCACCAGUGGAAACCGGCCGCCCUACUAAUCAUGUUUCGAAGCGAAGUCUUUCGAGCCCGUAUGGGUCUGAGCACAACGGCGAUGUUGGGGCAUGGCUCCUUGAUCAGAUCGAGGAUAGCCUUAACCCUUACGGCUCUCUUGAACAGGGCCGAGGAACGACUGGGCUGACGUUCCCACUGGAAGAUACAGCGGACGAUUGGCACCUGGUCAACUUAUGGGGUUGCACAUCCGUCGUGGUCAUCUCCCGCAAACGCAUGUUUCUUACCCACAUCUGGGAAAAACCUUCCAUGGAACAGCCACAGCUUUUUCAAAGUGAUGUAUUGGAUGUUCUCCGAAAUGGUAGUCCGGAGUUUUCCCACCCCCUUACAGUUUUCACUGUGCCCGGCGAAGGCUUCGAAAACAUUGCAGAAAACAAACAACAGCUUGUCGGUAUCACCGGUAUCACCCAUCCCAUCACCAGCUUCGACUGUGCCUACUCCGUCCACCCUCCAGACAACGAUCAGGCCGUCAAUGAGCGACUCAAGCAGCGAAAGUUCAAGCCCACCGCCCUCGUCGAUAGCCACAUCAUCACCAACUUCAAAGUCUUCUUUGACGUCGGAGACUCCCCCAGCACGACGAAAACACCUUCAGCAGUGCCUAAGCCAUCCCCUGCAUCGCAACCUCCGCCACCACCUCAAACCGAGCCUCCAACGAAGGCAUUAUCGGUGAUCUUCAGGAACACAAAAGGCAGUGACGAAGACUACAACAACUGGACCUUCUUCGAGAUCAAACCGAACACCCAAGCGGAUGGCUGCAGCGUGCCCGUCCUCAACGAUGUCUCGCGGCAAUGGUUGGAUACCUCUGCCCUAUCAACUCCACCGUGGCCGCACGGCACCUUUACCAUGCCGCUAUUUGGAGAAGAGGACUGCGAAUACCUGAGCGAUGGGACUAAUGCGGGUGUGCUUCAUUGUCCUAGUAUGGGUGACGGCAAGACGGUCGGGUGUAAAGAGGCUGAUGAGAAGGACGAUGCUGAUGGUGUGACGGAUUGUAAUUAUCCGGGUCUUGAAAGGAAGGUCCAUAUUGUUGUCUAUUGUGAGUGGUAG